AUGGACAUGCCUUCAGAUCCACCCAAAACCACUAUGCAGGAGCAUCAUAUUGUCAAGGCAGAUGAGGUCGAUCAAACUGGGACCGAUAUAUCGCCAGUUUCAGAUGACCAACUCAUGGAGGAGGUGGCUGAGGGGCUCCGCCAGGAACAGGCCUCACAGGCCGCACCCGCUCCUGAGACGGCGCCCCCUGCGCCCGAAAAAUCCAUGAAACGACCCGAGCUUCGUCGUGAAGGCUCUGCUCCGCCUCCUCCGAUGCAGCCGCCCCCUCCAGCUCCCGCCCAGGAGACUACGGAUCGGGGUGCGAGCUCCCUGAGCUUAUCGGAUUUGCGGAAACUUGUGGGUGAAAUGCCCAAGAUCGAGCAACCAGCCUAUGCUUUUGAAUAUGCCGACGCCCAAUCAUUUCCCGAUGAGCUCGACGAGUGGUUCCAGUAUAACGCCUUUGAUCGUGUCAUGUUAACCGGCACGAAAACGACUUUUAACCAGAAAUGGCCUGCGUUUUGCCAGCAACGCCAGCGAGACACUCCCGGCUUGUCUUGGCUUGACGCAUCCAAGGAUUUACGUCGUUCGUUUGUUUCUCAGUUGCUUGGGGAUUUGCAGCUUGCUGAAGUCUCGGCGCGAUUGGAAGCCCUUGAAACCAUUUGCUAUGUCGUCACUGGUGUAUGGGGUCUCAGCGGUGGGAGAGUAGCACCCGACUAUCCUGCGGAUGGGUAUUCCGAGUCAGCAGCCGAAACGCCACUGCACAACUCAUUGCAGAUUCAGUGCAUCGAGCAGAAUGUUUCCCUUCUCCAGGAAUGCUCGGGCGUUACCGCCUUGGUACAGUACAUGUGCCGCCUUUUUGAUAAGACCCGCUCGGCACUCGGAUCGGACUCUAGCGACGUUGAUUACGAGCGAAUUGGCCCUGGUGAUAUUGCGGCACCGGAGCGUGAGGCCAACUUGGUCCUUACAAGUUUAUACUUUGCCGUGGAAGUGGGUCGCAGGCAACAGGCGCGCGACCCUCAGUGCAGCUCGAUCCGCGAUGCACUGACCAGCUCAAAUCCUAGUCUAUUGGUCUCCAUUGUUGAAAUCAUCGCUCGAUUGCGUUGGGACGAAUCUGCCAAUAUUCCUUUGACCAGGAUCCUGCUGUUGUUGUGGAAGUCGCUGCUUCUUGUCUUCGGCGGGACCGAUGAUUUAAAACGCGCAAAGGAAGUGCUGGAGCCUGCCGUUCCCUCUGAGAAAGAUGAUUCCAAACGCAGGACUCCAUUUUUACACGCCUCCCCUCUGGACUACCAUCUCUUCCGGCAAGAAAUCACUUCCAAAUACCCAGCUUACAACCCUCCGCCACUUAUCGUCCCACUGGAAUUGGAAAACAAUUCCAUUCUACCCCCUCUUCCCCACAAUGUGGCCAGGAUGAACCCAUCCAGUGGUAUCUUUUGUGGUGUGGCCCCAUCAAUCUCCGGUGGAAAUGGCUCUAUUCUUCAGCAGGCUGUUCACAUUGCAACCCCGGCCCCAUCUCCACCUCCAUCCCCCGCCGGUCCAGGAGGGAAAGCUGGGAAAAAACAAAACUAUCAGACCAAUCAGAACUUCCCCUUCAUGUACCCUCCCUUGGAUGAUUCCAGCAACCGCAUUGGCGGGAAGGGCACAACGGAGCGCCAGGAUGCCUUGGUUGGAAAGAGAUGGGAAGGCAGUGAUGUCCCUGCGUCAAUUAUUGAAGCCGGAAAGCUCUUUUCGACGCAUGUGAAAAUGACCCGUGCGAUGCGACAGCUUUGGCAGGAGCGUGAACACUUCAUGCAGUACGACCGCGGCUGGAACUCCGAGGACGCUGCUCACUUCCCUGAUAACAUCUCAGAUGACCUACCAGAUGAUUUUGAACAUUUAGAUUUGUCGGGUGACGACGAGAAGGCAGAGCCUAAACCCAAGCCAGCAGAGAAAGAAACAGACGACCCCGAUAUCCAGCGGCGCCUGGAUGCGGUUGACUCAUUCUAUUCCAUCACCAUCGUAUUCUUGAAAAUUAUCCUGACAAAUGUCAGCGCAGUUGUCAGCCAGGCUACUAGCCAAACUACCCAGGGCAUGAGUAAUGGUCAUUCCAUGAAUGGCUCCUCUCAUAAUCUCCUUUCUGAUGCAUCCAUUGAUGAGCUAGACAAUAUUCGUCUCCGUGAGAUCACUGGGAAAGCCGUGUCUGGAAUUCUGUUGCUUCUGCUUAAGUGGUUUAAGCGAUCUCAUAUCUUGAAAUUUGAAUAUAUGACACAGCUAUUACUUGACUCUAACUACAUCCCCUUGAUUCUCAAGAUGUUUGCACAUCAAGAUGUUGACCAAACCGUGGCGUAUAAAAAUGACCGCGAAGACUUAUCCUUCUUCCACUUCUGUCAAAGCAACACCGGUCUCCCCGUGGAAACCGAAGAAGACUCCUGCGGUGACACGGAAAGCGAAGACGAUGCCAUGCCACCCCCGAUCGCCCGCCACCGCUCCGAUCCAACAGCAAACGGCAGCAUGCCAGGCCUCUCCGAGGAAGAAUCCCUAACGGAUAUCCUCAGCGGACCGACACGCCCCGAAGUCGACGAACUAGGGUACCCAACCGCGCCCCUCCCCAAAGAACCAAUCAAAGUAUUCUCCUUCCGCAACUUCUUCUCCGCCAUCAACUACCUACACGUCAUGCAAAAGAUCACGCGCAAUAAAGCCCACCGCUGCCUCCUACUAGUGCAGUACAAAUCAAGCAACAUCCUCCGCAAGGGUCUCAAGAUCCCAGACCCGCACCUUCGCUUCUACACCCUCAAACUCUUCAAAUCCCAAGUUCCCUACUGCGGUCGCAAAUGGCGCCAGAGCAACAUGCGUGUCAUCACCGCUAUCUACUUGUACUGUCGUCCCGAGUUGCGCGAUGACUGGCUCGCUGGCUCUGACGUCGACGCUGAGGUUGAAGAGGCUUUGCCGUUGGAACAGGCGCUUCGUGGUCUUACGCACUGGUGGCAUCUGCGUCAGUACAAAGAUGUGAUGGGCGGUGACGAGGGUGCGUCUAUGAUGGAGGAAGAACGUGAUUUCUUCGUUCGAGAACUUGAGUCUAUGGGCUGGGGUGCUGCUGAUGAGAUGCUCGGUGGGACUUGCGAGGAGGAGGUCAGUGCUCCUAUGAUGCAGCAGGGCAGUGAAUGGGAGGGUGUGCCGCUUCCUAUGGAAGGGUGGUCGUAA